AUGAAUAUGUAUAGGCAUGAGGCAUAUCUGGCCGUAUACAUUACAGCACUUGCUGGUAUCUGUACGGCAGACUUUAUAGAUGGAAAGAAUCUUUAUGGAUCCUUGGUCGGAAUGGUUGAAAGUAGGGUAUACCACUUUUUACUGUCUUUAUUUUUUAUUGGGUCGCUAUAUGUCUUUGGCAAAGCACUUGUUUCAUUUUCACUCGGGAGCCUCAGUGCACUGGAAAAGGAAGGUGUAAAUGAGAAUGGAAUACGAUAUCUUGGAAAUACAUGCCUAGUAAUAACCUUGUUUGCUGAUAAUAUAACCAUUAAAACCGUCGUGCUGUUUGCGUUUGUUUUUGGGCUGAAGUCUCUUCAUUGGUUGGUUGGCUUCCGGAUAGAAGCACUGGAGAAAAGCGGAACAACCUAUGAUAGAAUAGAGAGAAUUGUUGGUCUAGUGGGCUUAUUGUUUUUUGUGGAUGGAAUUUUGGCCUAUCGGUUUGUGAGUCUUAUGUUUAGCUUACCGGGAGUCUCCAUUCUCUUUGCAUUUGAGUUCUUUACGCUAUUUGCGUAUUCAAUUAGGUCCCUAUACUCUCUAUCUAUUCUCCAUUACAGCUCCAGCUCAAUAAUUGAGGACAGAGUAUUCCUUCUAUUUUAUGGCGAUUUUGGCUUCUGCCUAGUCAAGAUAUUAGCUAAUAUAAUAUGCCUUGUUAUAACAACAAUGUACUUCCGAAUGCCAAUAAAUCUACUGAGAGAGGUAGUGAUUGCUAUAAAACACUUAGUCUCAAAAACUCGAUCUAUGCUGGCAUAUAAAACGCUCAUCACACUCUUAGAGAAGUGUCCUGAUGUAAAGGGGGAUGAUCUGGGGGCAGAUAAAAUAUGUCUUAUAUGUCAUGAGGAAAUGAAUAUUGGAAAGAAAUUAGACUGCGGCCACGUUCUUCACAUGGGAUGUUUGAAAGAGUGGCUGCACCGGCAACAGGCAUGCCCAGUGUGCCGGAAAGAAGUCCUCGUAAAGCCCGAGGCAGAACCAGCCAGCAGUGGAGCUACAGAAGAAAGCGGGCAAAAUACACCAGCAGAACAAAACAGCAAUGUUUCUUCUAUUGUAAGAGUUCUACUCAAUGGACACUCUGACGAGUAUGAGGGAGUUCCUGUUACUCUGAAUAACCAGCAGCCGUAGGUUAUUUACACUACAUUCUGUGAUAUGUUCUCUGUAGAUAAAUCAUUAAAAAAAGUCUUUGGUGAUAAGUGCACUAUUUAUUGCAAUAAACU